UUGCCCAGAACAGCUUCAAACUUGUGACCCUCCAACCUCAGCCUCCUGAGAAUAUGGAUUACAGGAGUGCAACACCCCUGGCAUAACAGACAGGUAUUAUUGUGAUAAAGCAAGAAAAAGCACUUCAUGAGUUGUAUUUCUUACACAGAAACUUUAAAAAGGGCAUACACAGUACUAUAAAAAUUUACAUUACAUUUGAAAACACACCACUUAUUAUUAUUAGAACCAUAUAUAUCAUUUAUCUCUGUUUCCCAAAACCUUGAUUUGUGAGCAUAAUUCAGAAACACACUGGCAAUCCAAAGCACUUGUCUAUCAACGUGAGUUUCCCCAUAAGAAAUAACAGAAACUCAGAUGAUUCAUUCCACAACCCAAAAAAUUCACAUCAAAAUUAUUAUAAUACUGUAAUAUAAUACAAAUAAUAAUGAAAAAUAAACAAACUGACCUGCACUUACUUACCUUUAAAACCUGGUGGCUUAUGUGAGGGAGUCAGGAGGGAGGAGGGCUAUUGUACAGGAUACUUUCACUGUCACUAAAAGAAUUACUGCUGUCUAUUGGCUCCACGGAAUCUUUUUCUCUUUGUGCCACUUUACCAAAGAAUCUGUCCAGUGACACUUGUUUUGCCUCCUUUUGAGGAUUUUGCAGAAAUGAGACACUGCAUUGUCAUUAAACAGAUUCAUCACUCAUGUCAGUGGCAUAGCUGAAUUUUACAACUCACUGUUGCAGCCACGUGCCCCAGUUGUGAGGCACUGCUGAGCUUUACAGCUCAGUGUGGCAGCUCUGGAACACAGCUCUCAUAAUUUGAAGAUUCGGAAAUCUGCUGGUAAGUGGAAGAGGUGGGAAAAAGCCUUUAUUCACUGGCAAGUCCCAGUGGGCUCAGAGGAUUCUGAGCACUCUACCAGGAAUGAGAGCCUCCCUGUACAGGGACCUGCAGGGUAGGUAAGCAUGCUCAAUUAAGCGGGGCUGUGGUGGGGGGGUGGAGUUCAAGAACUUUGUGGAAGCAGAGGGGCCGAGUUACAGAAUGUUCCUUGGGGGGGGGAGCUUAACAGAACCUUCUUGUGAGGGGACAGAGCUUAACUGAACAUCCCUGAAAGGACGCAAAGUUCAAACAGCCGCAAACCAUUUUGACACAUUGGGUAGGAGCCCAGCAGCACAAAGUUACAUUUCCAAAACAAAACAUUUUGUGGGAAAAGGAAAUGGAGGCAAGGCCAGGGCCUGUCUAAUUGUACAGCACUUUUCUAUCAAUUGUCUUUGCGGGGAAAUGAUUAUGAUAGGUGUCUUCCUGUCAGCUUCACGGGCAGUAAUGUGCCAUGACAUGUUUCCUGAACAGAGCAUUACAUUACUCUAAUGUCAAUGAAGUUGUAGCAUCACUCUGAAACCAGCAAGAAUUUAAAGCAAAAGGAAUUAGACAUGUUGAGUGUAGACACCAUGAGAGCUCUAAAACAAAAGGUAUAACAGAAAGGAAAAGGAUUUGGGGGCAUCGUAUGGAUUGAUUUUUAUUUCUAAACACUUGUUUGUCGAUCUCCACAACCCACACAAGCAAGAAAUUUUGUAACCUUUUCUGUUACAAGCAAAAGGUCCUAUUGGUCACAGUGAGGUGGCCCUGGUGGGUGUGGCCAGCUCUCCAUUGGCCCGUUGGUUCUGUGACGUCACAGGAGCCUUGUGAGGCCACAGCAGUUAGCUAUAUAAGGCCGUGGUUCAGGUGGGUCUGUUGUGGGUAGACGGAGACUGUUGAGAGAGAAUUUGGUGGAGAUUGUUGUUGAUUUGGUGAUUGAUUUGGUGGUAUGGGGAGUGUAGGACAUCGUGACACUGUGCCAAGCAGUGUGUCUGAUGAUUGUAGUGAGAGAACAUCCUGGCUGGGCCUCACGACCAGCUCAUACAGAUACAGACUCUAAGAUAACUAUGAUGUGCUGGGCCUCAUUGGAGAAGGCAGCUUUGGCAAGGUGUUCUUGGCAGAAGAUUGUGGCACACGCAUGCUGGUCACCUUGAAGGAGUUAACAAAGGCAGAGGGGCAAGCGGCCUACAUUAUGAUGGAGGUUGGGUUACUGAAGGACCUUUGACACCCUAACAUCACACAGUUGCUGGAGGUAAUAGAAACUAAGGACAAAGUACACCUGGUCCUAGAAUAUGUGAUGGUGCUCAACCUGUGGUAACUGAUCUUCCAGACCGAAAGGCAGAGGCUGCAGGAGAAGGAUGCCUGGAGGAUUUUCUGAGACAUCUUGGGAGCGGUGGAUUACUGCCACCAGCAGGGCAUCAUACAUGGGGACCUCAAGCCUGAAAAUGUUUUGAUUGACGCCCAAUUCCGUGCUAAGGAGCCACAGAGGAGUUGCUGGCAGGACGGUGAUCCCAGGUGAGGAGAGGCAGCCCUGCCUGUUCUGAGGACUGGGACACUGCUGUUCCCCCGGCCACCAUGUAGAAGCCUAGACUCGGCCAUGCUGUGAGCAGCCCAGGAGUACGCAGAGGCCACACUGAUCCUCCGCCUGCUGACUGCACAAUGGGAGCCACCCCAGCCCAGUCACCACAGAGAAAUGGAAGAGAUUGUUUCCCUGGAAUGAUUCCAUCAUCAUGCUUGACAGGAAGCAAGAACAUUGCCUACGCCUACCGGCCUGGACCUCAACUCAGGGCCGCCAUCCUGGGUGUCUGUCCCACGACCUGUGAGGUUCAUGCAGCUAAAGUGGCUUCAGGGAUGUCGCGCAGAGGGGCUUCUGGUCUGCGUGCCCGGCGGAGACAAGGCUGGCUCAGAGAGAUCCGAAAGCUGCAGAAGAGCACAGACCUCUUGCUGAGGAAGGCACCCUUCAGCCGUGUGGUAAGAGAAAUAUGUAAUAAAUUCUCCCGUGGUGUGGACUUCAGCUGGCAAGCCCAGGCCCUGCUGGCCCUUCAAGAGGCAGCAGAAGCAUUUUUAGUGCACCUCUUCGAGGAUGCCUACCUCCUGUCCUUGCACGCUGGCCGAGUCACUCUGUUCCCCAAGGAUGUGCAGCUGGCCAGGAGGAUCCGGGGCAUUGAGGAAGGACUCGGCUGAGCGCCUGCUGCAGUCUCCAGAAGUCCUUCCUGCUCAGCAGAGAGGCUGGCACCUGGGACCCCAGAGCCACCACUACACCCAGAGACGUCUGCGGUGCUUCCCGGACCUUGCUGUCUCUGGGCAGUGUGUGCGUGUUGCCUUUGACAUUUUCUCUAUGAAGAAGGAGACCAUGUAGCUCUCCUCUGUAGCAGGGGCACUGUGUGAAGCAGCCAGCACAGCAAUAAAGGCCUGAGAAGUGUUUGCCCAUGGAAGACUACAGUCACGUUCAGUUUGUGAACCACUCAUGACUGCCAAGGAUUUUGAAGACAUCAGCUCUGCUUUGUUAUGAAAGAAGGAUAUUUACUUAUUAUUUUAGAUCUUUCUGUACUAUGUACUUUUUUUUACCAUAUGUAAAUUUGUACUUUUAUUUAAAAUAUAAGGGAAAAAAAUGAGAGCAUUUCAGUUAGCUACAUAGAAUGGCUGGCCAGGCACUCCUUGCAUACAAAUUUCCUCCCUCCAGAUUAAUCUCAUCACUGCUGCCUGUGUAGUUUUUCAAAACAGAAUUGAGGUUAAAAUAGAAAAAUUGUUUUUUCUGUUUUGGUGCUGGGGAUCAAACUGAGGGCCUUGUGCAUGCUAAACACGCUUUACCAUGGAAUUGCACCCCAUGCCUGAAAUAGAAAAAUCCUCAGAUCUUUCUGAUUUCUCCUGAUAAAUUCCUGUCAAAAUAUCAAAAUCCUUCAGAAAUUCUGACUCAUAGAAUUUAACAUUUUUUGCUUAGCUAUAAAUCACAGAUGUAUUAUAUCAGCCCAAGAUUUUGAAGUGCUUUUUCA